AUGCAGGCUAGUCGCAGUAUUAAACACCUCCGACAUCAGCUGGCUGUCCGCAGCCUCCCAAGAGCUACCCGCAGUAAUGUUUGCGAGACAGCAGCAAGACAUCAUUCGACGCAGCAACUACGAUGGUCGCCCAACAUCAGCUCGAGAUCACAUUGCCGCGGUGUCAAAACCUACUCCAAACCACCUGGCAAGAUACAGCAGAUGGUUAUAGACGCCCGGACCCAACAUCCGAUCAUGUUCCCCUUCCUUCUCAUCGCCGCCACCGGCAUGGUUUCACUCCUCACCAUGAUGGCCUACGAUGAAUACAAGAGAGAGAACACACAGUUGACUCCUUAUCCUCUGCCUGUGGAGCAGCGUUUGAGGCUGGCUCUGCAUUAUACCCAUAUAUCACCAGACCCAGAAACGGCAUCGGGAUAUUUCGUCGAUGCGCUCAAAAAGGCGGAAGAACUGGGCAUGGAUCCAUACAGCAAAGAGUUUGUGGGCAUUAGAAUCCGCUUCUCUGAAAUGCUCGAGACAUUUGGCCACAUGAGGGCUGCCAUCGAGAUUCUCAAUGAUGUGACAAAGGACUUCGAGCAGCGACUGGCUGAUUUGGACGAGCGCAAACAACCACUCGCCAACGCCCAGCGAGUACAACCAGCUUCAGGAGAGGAUGGCGAUUUACCGAUCGACAUCCGAAAACAUCUCAUUAAGACUAUCAUACAAGCCAAGGUCAAACUCUCCUCGAUGUGGGAGAGCGAGUACAUGCAAGAUAUGAAUAUGGCGAAACAGACCUUGUCCGAUGCUGUUGGCUUGAUCGUGAAGGAGACCAAAGACCCUCAAAUCAAUGGCUUUACUGAUGACAACAACGCAGGUCUGACCACUGGAGAAAUUGCAUCCAUACUAUCGCAAAUGGGUGAUCUCUAUGCCACGACCGGCGAGGAGUCCAAUGCUGUUCAGGUAUACAUGCUAGCACUUCAACCCCUGCGAGCGUCAUGUAACGGUUCAAAAUCUUGCAAAGAAGUGCAGGUGUUGAGCAAUAUCGCGUCCACCAUGGAUGUGGCUUUGAAAAAUCCAAAUGCGAAAGUCAACGGAAAGCCUAUUACCAAAGCCUCCGCAGCUGCAGCGCGAAAGGCUAUCCUAAGAUGGGCGGAUCAAGCCAUCGGAACUGCUGAAGCUGUCAAGCCUGAAGAUCGUGAUUCGAUCUGUGAGCUUGCAUUGCUCUCCGCCCAGAUGACUCGCGCCGAUAUGUUGUUGGAUAGCGGGGAGAAGGCCAAGGCUCGAGAGGCAUUCUCGAGUCUUUUGCCAAUAUUGGUAGAAAAGAAACUCACUCCUCUGAUCAAAGUGGCCGAGCAGGGUUUAGAGAGAGCUAGAGGUUGA